UUCGUUACCCACUGUUUUCACCACGUGACAGCGAAGAUGACCGCCUGCGGUCGAAGUACAGAUGGUCAGGACAGCAUACUGGAGCCACUGUGUUUCCCAGAGCAGCCAGCUGAUGGCCCCAGCGCUCCCAGUCUGCAGAGUCCCAGUUCAGAGCUGCUGGUGUGUCUGUUCUGCCCCGAGUCGGUCCCCCUGCAGCAGAAAGACGGCCUCCUCAAACACCUGCUGCUGGAGCACAAGCUGGUCAUCGCUGAUGUCAAGCUCAUCGCGGACCUCCCAAAGUACAUGUUGUACUGGAGAGGGAGAUUCCUGGAACAACCAGUCACAGAUUUCUGCAGCGUGAUCAAGACAAACUCCACGGGUCCAGUUGAGAAGCAGGAGGACUACUGUCUCCUGUGUGACGUCCUUCCAGAGGACCGAAUCCUCCGAGAGAGGCUGCAGCAGAAACGACUGGAGGAGGUUCUGGAGCAGCAGCAGAAGGAGAGAGACGACGGCAGCUUCCAUCGUCUCUGCAUGUUCUGCAGUGAAGAGUUCUCUGGAAACAGGUCGUCUCUGCUCAACCACAUGGCUCGAGAACACUCCUUCAGCAUCGGCCUGCCCGACAACAUCGUCUACUGCGACCAGUUCCUGGACACUCUGCAGAACAAGCUGGACAAUCUGCAGUGUCUGUACUGUGAGAAAACCUUCAGAGAUAAAACCACGCUGAAGGAUCACAUGCGGAAGAAAGCUCACCGCCGCAUCAACGCCAGCAACCGGGAGUACGACCGCUUCUACGUCAUCAACUACCUGGAGUUGGGAAAGAGCUGGGAGGAGGUGCAGAGCGAGGACGAUCGGGAGCUGGUGGAGGACGAAGACGAUGAUUGGUCGGACUGGCAGGCUCACCCCGUCUCUGCUGUGUGUCUCUUCUGUGAUCAUCAGUCGGAGACGAUGGAGCAGAUCUACUCCCACCUGAAGGACGCUCACGGCUUUGAUCUCCAUAAAUUGAGACCGACCUCAGUGAACCUCAGGUUCUACCAGCAGGUGAAGCGUAACUUCAUCCGCCGCCAGAUCCACCAGAGCCGCUGCUACGGCUGUCAGGAGAAGUUCGCCUCCAGAGACGCCGUCCUGCAUCACAUCGUGGCUGAAGGUCACGUGAUGAAGCUGCCAGACGUGUCGACGUGGAACCAACCGCAGUAUUACUUCCCCACAUACGAGAACGACGCCCUCCUGUGCACGCUGUCUGACAGUGACGAAGGUGAAGGUGACGCCUCGAGGCACGGCGAGGAGGUCCCGGUUAUCGCAGAGGACGUCUCAAACCUCAGAGCGCUGAAACAGAAGAGCGUCCUCAACACGCUGCUGAAGAACAGAAACUCCUGCAGCUGAGACCGUGCACAGACCUCGGACAGUUCUUCAUCUAAACACAGAUUUCCUCCUCGCACCGGGAGAGAGAUGAACGUUUAAGAACUUAGACGGCGCUCUGCAGAAAAACUGACAUUUCACCAAGCAUGCACCUUGAACAUGAACUUGUUGUCAGAACACGUUUUCAGAAGUGCAAAAUCAAAAUAUUUUUCUCUUUAAGGAAUAAAGAUUCAUCAGAGACGUUUGUCUUUCAUACAUACUUUAUUUCCUGGAAUAAAAAUGGAAUAACUGUGCUGUA